GGUUCAGAAGGUGCAUAAUACAAAAUGUAAAAGUCUUUGUUCUUACAGUCACUCGUUUUAACGAUAGACAAAAGGUAUAUCAAAACUUUCCUAUGCAUAUUCCCAGAAGGUUAUGCUUAUAGCAAUGUGUAUGUGUUACUAUUCUAGUAGCUCCUUAUUCUAUACAACCAUUAAAAGAUUGAGGGUGAUUGCACAUGUGUCAUUUGUUUAUUUAAUAAUAUAACUUCCUGUAUCAUUAUGUAUCUAGUUCUUUCAUGGUUGUAUAGGGUAGUGGACUAUUUUAAUGGUUAAAAAGCAAUAUGUAAUAUUAAAUGAUGGUUUAAUAUUUUAAUAAAUUGUAUAAAGUGCUCCAUGGUUUGAAAGACUAAUUAUUCCAAUGUUGAUAAAAAUUAGCAUUUUUAUAAGUUACUUGUUUCAUUUUUUCCACAUGCAAUUAUUUCUUUAUCAAUUAUACUUCAAUACAGGUCUCUGGGAACUGAUGCCAAAGCAGUUUUAUUGUACUGACAUAUUUUUUUUUUUGCAGUUUAACCAUAUUGCAGUUGUUCUCACAGCAAACUAUUCCCAUUGUAGAAUCCCAUCCUGGCUUCUCAGGUCCGCUUGAGACUAGUGACUAAGAGGCAACGCUUGCUUUCUCUUCCUCCCUUUUGACCUAACACUAGUCAACCCUAUCUAGGCAUCCCAGGCACAGAAUUUUAAUCAAUGGAUAGUUCCUGUUACUCUCAUUUCCUCCCUGUGGAGAGGCUCAGAGCAUUUACUAAUCUAAGUGCUUGGUGGAAUGUAGGCUUGGGGACAGUUUAAUUAAACUCAUUUUAUACUGGGCUUUCUCUUGUCCAUCAGUUACCUCCGAAAAAGAGCACCAGAAGCCAGUUCUGGACAGUUACAAACUCUCUGGACUCAUGACUACCGGUUUUGGUAUAGAGUCCAGCGUCCUACCAGGAUCAAGCGCAGAACACAACUCAGAUCUUGUAGGGCUCAACUGGUUGUGACAUGAUGUUCACCAAACUUACUGAAAAUUUUAGCUUCACUCAACUACCCUCACUGACUUAACUAAAAUGUGUUAAGCUCAGCACUAUCAGCUUUUCAGCUUGCUAAAAACUGUUGAGGAAUCAAGCCACAAAGGAAAUGUUUAUCUGCAAGAUGACAAUACACAUGAAGGUGCUCACCACGAGGUUGUACUCCUUGUAGCCUUUGCAAGCUUUUGUCCUUGCAAAAUACACACACACACACACGCACACUUUUUGCUACUCCUGAUGGCAGACCUUCCUACAAAAAUAUGUUCAGUGGGAUCACAACAGCUGCAUUCUCUCUGCCCCAGAAUUCGUGUAAGGAGCAUGGCUGGGCCUUCUCGGUCGUCAUUGUUGUGGCCUCAAAUGAAAGCCUUGUCACCGGGGCGGGGGCGGGAAGGCACUGGAGCACAGCAGCACUGAGAGUAUCCGAAUUCCCUCCUCUGUCGCUGAUUGGUUGAAAGCUAGGAGGCAGUAGCCAGCCCCCAGCGGCUCGACUCCCCAUUGGCUGAGAAGAGGUGGCAAUCAGGACCGGCGGAGGCCGCUCCGUCCGUUCCCCCUCUGCGCUGCAGCCGCGAUCCUGUGGCUCUGCCGCCGCUGCCGCCGCGCCCGGGUCCCUUCAGUCGUGCCUCUGCGUGGGGGCAGCCUCCCCUACUCCGGGCGGAGACACCAUGUACGGCUUCGUGAAUCACGCCCUGGAGCUGCUGGUGAUCCGCAAUUACGGCCCGGAGGUGUGGGAGGACAUCAAAAAAGAGGCACAGUUAGAUGAAGAAGGACAGUUUCUCGUCAGAAUAAUAUAUGAUGAUUCUAAAACUUACGAUUUGGUUGCUGCUGCCAGUAAAGUCCUCAAUCUCAAUGCUGGAGAAAUCCUCCAAAUGUUUGGGAAGAUGUUUUUUGUCUUUUGUCAAGAAUCUGGUUAUGAUACAAUCUUGCGCGUCCUGGGAUCUAAUGUCAGAGAAUUUCUACAGAACCUCGAUGCCCUGCACGACCACCUUGCUACUAUCUACCCAGGUAUGCGCGCACCUUCCUUUAGAUGCACUGAUGCAGAAAAGGGCAAAGGCCUCAUUCUGCACUACUAUUCGGAGAGAGAAGGACUUCAGGAUAUUGUCAUUGGAAUCAUCAAAACGGUAGCUCAACAAAUACAUGGCACUGAAAUAGAUAUGAAGGUUAUUCAACAAAGAAACGAAGAAUGUGAUCAUACUCAAUUUUUAAUUGAAGAAAAAGAGUCAAAAGAAGAGGAUUUUUAUGAAGAUCUUGACAGAUUUGAAGAAAAUGGUACCCAGGAGUCACGCAUCAGUCCAUAUACUUUCUGCAAAGCUUUUCCUUUUCACAUAAUAUUUGACCGGCACCUGGUGGUCACACAGUGUGGCAAUGCCAUAUACCGAGUGCUUCCCCAGCUCCAGCCUGGGAAUUGCAGCCUUUUGUCUGUCUUCUCUCUGGUUCGUCCUCAUAUUGACAUUAGUUUCCAUGGGAUCCUUUCACACAUCAAUACGGUUUUUGUAUUGAGAAGCAAGGAAGGAUUGUUGGAUGUAGAGAAAUUGGAAUGUGAAGAUGAACUGACUGGGACUGAGAUCAGCUGCUUACGUCUCAAGGGUCAGAUGAUCUACUUACCUGAAGCAGAUAGCAUACUUUUUCUGUGUUCACCAAGUGUGAUGAACCUGGAUGACCUGACAAGGAGAGGGCUGUAUCUGAGUGACAUCCCUCUGCACGAUGCCACGCGGGAUCUCGUUCUUUUGGGAGAACAAUUCAGAGAGGAGUACAAACUGACCCAAGAACUGGAAAUCCUCACAGACAGGCUGCAGCUCACCUUAAGAGCUCUGGAAGAUGAAAAGAAAAAGACGGAUACGUUGUUAUAUUCUGUUCUUCCUCCAUCUGUGGCCAAUGAGCUGAGACACAAGCGUCCAGUGCCUGCCAAGAGAUACGACAACGUGACCAUCCUCUUCAGUGGUAUUGUAGGCUUCAACGCUUUCUGCAGCAAGCACGCAUCCGGAGAGGGGGCCAUGAAGAUCGUCAACCUUCUCAAUGACCUCUACACCAGAUUUGACACACUGACUGAUUCCCGGAAAAAUCCGUUUGUUUACAAGGUGGAGACUGUUGGUGAUAAGUACAUGACGGUGAGUGGCUUACCAGAGCCGUGCGUCCACCAUGCACGAUCCAUUUGCCACCUGGCCUUGGACAUGAUGGAAAUUGCUGGCCAGGUUCAAGUAGAUGGUGAAUCUGUUCAGAUCACAAUAGGGAUACACACUGGAGAGGUAGUUACUGGUGUCAUAGGACAGAGGAUGCCUCGAUAUUGUCUUUUUGGAAAUACUGUCAACCUCACAAGCAGAACAGAAACCACAGGAGAAAAGGGAAAAAUAAAUGUGUCUGAAUAUACGUACAGAUGUCUUAUGACACCAGAAAAUUCAGAUCCACAAUUCCAUCUGGAACACAGAGGCCCAGUGUCCAUGAAGGGCAAAAAAGAGCCGAUGCAAGUUUGGUUUCUGUCCAGGAGGAACACAGGAACCGAGGAAACCAAGCAGGACGAGAGCUGAAUCUCGGCCUGUGGGAUGAGGAGGACAGCAGGGCGCCCCUGACACAGAUCACACCAGGGAGCAGUUACUCCCUAUGGAUAUAGGUUUUGCUUUGUCCUUUUCGGUUAGCCCAAGCCUUUCUCUGGGUGUACCUUUCUUGAUUCAUUAUUCAACUUUGGCUCUGCUUCCAAUUAGUUUCAAAGUGUGAUGUAUUAUCUGAAGUUUGGUUUUAGAUGUGGAUGAUAUGCGCUUCAUUUGUCUUAAAAUCUACUACAAGCAUUACCUAACGUGGUAAUUUGCAAGUAGUAGGCACCCAAUCAAUAUUUGUUGAAUUUAAUUAAAUGAAACUGAACAGUAUUUGGCCAUGCAUAGGUAUGCCAUGGUUUACCAAAUCUGUUUAUUGCUCCAUAGGUAUAUAUAUAAUAUAUAUAUAUAUAUGAGUAUUUUAAUGAUUAUAACAUAUAACAAAGUUUAUACCAUGUUGGUGUGUAUCAUUUUCUAAAGGAAUGAACUCUGAGUUUUAGGGAAAAAAUGCAAUUUAUUUUCCGACUCCCAAAGUAAGCAUUAAUAUACCAUGCUAAGAAGAUAGGGACUAUUUCGGAUUAUGCUCAUUUCCUUUCAGAAAUAUGCAAUAUACUUUUCUGUCAUUGAAACAUUUGGUUGCUUAUUCAAAUCAUGGGACAACUACAGUUCCUCUAAAAUGCUAUCAUUUGUAUUGUAUUCCUUGUGCCAAAUAUCAUUAACCACACACAGCUGUUACAGAGAGCUGUGUUGGUUCACUAUGAGCUGUCACAUUAGCUUGGGAUAAAUGUUGGAGGCUCUGACCACAUCCAAGAAUAAAGCUGGAAACCCUGCUGGAAUGCUCCCAUUAGUCAGAGCCAUUCCUGGCCUUUUAUUUCCAGAAAUUAGCUGCUUUUUCUUAGCUUAGGAGAAUGUGAUUAUAUCCAGGGUAUCAUGUUCAGAAAAGUUACUUUAAUUUUACGUAGAAUGCAUUUCUAUAGGAAUGAUUGUCCUGUUGUUCUUAAAUAUCUCUGAUAAUUUAUUAAUAUCUUAUCUUUAUAAAAUACAGUCCAACUACUUUUGUGUAAAAAUGUUUGUCUUUAAAUUUAGUAUUUCAUAUCAGCACAUUGAUAUAUAUGUAUAAAUGAUCCAUGUUAAUGUAGAAGAGAAUCUGCAAUAAAUUAUUGUUUCCACUUGUCUCUAGACAAAUUUUUAUUUCAAUAAAAAUGUUAUUAAUGUUUUUA